ACCACCUAAAUCAGGAUUAUCUUUCAUCUUACACUUAGUGAGCAGAAAUGAGUAAAAAAGCAGAAAAAAGCAGUUCCGUGCGAGAGAGACGUGCACGUCAAAGUUCUCCUGAGAGAGCCAGUGAGAUGGAGGAGAAGAUAAUGAAACGGGUAGAGCGGCAGUUAAAAGGGUUGACAUUUCAAAACCCCGGGCCUCAGGUCGCCAACUUUAAUCCUAAAAUAAGGCAGCAGCAGAAGAAAGAGCAAAUGUCAAAGAAGAAAGAAUUGUCUUCUCCAAAGCCCGAAACCAAGAAGUAUGACAGAAAGGGCAGGCUCCUCGUCAAUCAGGCUGACCUGUGUGAUUGCCUCGAUGAAGACUGCCUGGGUUGCUUCUACCCGUGCCCCAAGUGUAACUCCACCAAGUGCGGGCCCACGUGCCGCUGCAGCCGCCGCUGGGCCUACACCAGCAUGCUCGAUGAGAGUGGGGAGGUCAUCAGCAAGAUGCCAUUCAACGUCUCCGACUAGGAGCAGCCCUCCAGGCUGAUCAAGUUUCUCUUCGUUGCAGUUAAACCAGCCUCUUUCUCCUGGGUGAAUUUUAGGACUGGGGGAAAAAAGUUUGAAAAAUACAGUUUAGACUAGUUAGUGUUCUCUGAAGCCAUAGAAUCCUGUGUAACGCACUGUCCUUCUCUAACCUUCCUGCUGUGACGACUCAAAUUCCUCCCCUGGUAACCAGCAACUCAAUUGCUACUCUGCUCUCAGAUUAAAAAUCCCUUUCCUCUUUGCUGGUAUCUACGGAGAUGGAGGUUUAGGAUUUUUAGAAUUCUGUAGCUGAGAGCUUGUCUUGACAUGGAACAUAUGUUUAUAAUAGCUAGUUACCAUUAGGAUCUUACACAUUAUCAGUUCUAAAUCAGAAUUGCUAUUUGGAUUAACUUGGCACUGCAUACUCGUAGUCUCAUUUUUUAUUAUUACUGUUUUAACAAUACUAAAAUGAAAUUUGUUUUUUAAAAAAAAAAGCUUAAUUGGCCACAUGGCCCAGCAUAUGAGCACAAAAGCAGAGAUUCAAUUUAAGUGAUAUGCAAAAUGCCAACUGGAAGCAGACUUCAAAGAACAAAUUUUAAUCUAAUUGUUACAUACAAAUGAUUUAAAAGCAUUUUUUUGGCAGCUAAGGCUACCAGCC